GGCUAAUAUAAGAGAAUCCUUAUCUCGAUGGAAGAUUUGAUAAAGUUGAUGUGUCUCAUAUUUUUGGGAGAUGUAUAUGUAUCAAAAGCCUGGGAUAAUCUUUGUUUACUACCACAAUAUAAAGGACAAGCGUCUAUGGAUCCAUAUUACAGAGGUUAUAACGCACCACCAGAGGGAGCUGUAGAUGGCUACUUUGAAGAGGAGCGUGGACAAGGCACAUGUAGCAUUACAUGGCUUAAUCCAAAAAUUAAGGAAGCCUGGUGGAAACUUCCGUUAAAAAUCAUGGCUAAUGUAGCUUAUCUAGAAAUUUAUUUCCGAAGCUCAACUGUGAAUCGACAUGUGGGGUUUUCUGUCUUUGUGUUCAACGACUCAUCAUAUGUUCCUCCAGUUGACCCAUCUCAACAUAAACUGUUCACUCACGAUAUCUCUACCUGUAUUGACCGUGUGACAACAGUAACUAUAAAUAAAGAUAUUCAGGGGAUAGCUCUGUAUAAUUCAAAGGACACACCAAUCAAAUCAUCGUGUGCGGGUUAUGAAUCAUUAGUUGCAUCAAUUGAAAUUUGUGAAGUAAAGGUGAUGGGUUGUCCAUCUAAACAUUAUGGAGAAAACUGCAAUCUCUGUAACCCUAAAUGUCGUGAUACAGUUUGCGAUGCAUUUAAUGGUUCCUGUAUCUAUGGAUGCCGUGACAAUGUCGUUGAAUCGCCGUCUUGUUCAGAGUGCAAAGACGGCUAUUAUGGACCAGACUGUACACAGAAUUGUGGGUAUUGUAAAACUGGUACACUUUGUAACAAAACAAGUGGAAUAUGUCCGAAUGGUUGUAAGGAUAACUGGAGUGACCCAAGGUGCACAGUGUGUAAAAAUGGAAUUUAUGGGCUAGACUGUGCAUUUCAUUGUGGUAAAUGCAGUACUGGGACGUUCUGUAAUAACAUAACAGGGGUAUGUCCAGAUGGAUGCCAAGAACGCUGGAAUGGAUACAAAUGCGACGCAUGUAAAGAAGGAUUUUAUGGACAAACAUGUGAAGAGUGUGGGCACUGUAGGAAUCGAACCGUCUGCAACAUCACCACCGGUGUAUGUCCAGACGGUUGUAUGGAUAAUUGGGAUGGAUUAUUGUGUACAGUAUGUAAAGAAGGAUUUUAUGGACAAACAUGUGAAAAAUGUGGGCACUGUAGGAAUGGAACCGUCUGCAACAUCGCCACCGGUGUAUGUUCAGACGGUUGUAUGGAUAAUUGGGAUGGAUUAUUGUGUAUAGUAUGUAAAGAAGGAUUUUAUGGACAAACAUGUGAAGAAUGCGGGCACUGUAGGAAUGGAACCGUCUGCAACAACGCCACGGGUGUAUGUUCAGACGGUUGUAAGGAUAAUUGGGAUGGAUUAUUGUGUAAAAUUUGCUCGAAUGGUUUGUAUGGACAUCACUGUGAUGAGAAAUGUGGACACUGUCUCACAGGGACAUUGUGUGGUAAGUCAACAGGAAUCUGUCCUAAAGAGUGUAAGGAAAACUGGACCGGACCCAAAUGUGAUGUAUGUAAAAAAGGAUUUUAUGGACAAACAUGUGAAGAAUGUGGGCACUGUAGAAAUGAAACAUUCUGCAACAUCGCCACGGGUGUAUGUCCAGACGGUUGUAUGGAUAAUUGGCAUGGAUUAUUGUGUACAGGUUGCUCGAAUGGUAUGUAUGGACAUCACUGUAAUGAUAAAUGUGGACACUGUCUGACAGGGACAUUGUAUGAUCAGUCAACAGGAAUCUGUCCUAAAGGAUGUAAGGACAACUGGACCGGACCUAAAUGUGAUGAAUGUCAAGCUUAUAAAUACGGACCAAACUGUGCCUUUGACUGUGGACACUGUAGAGAUGAGAAACCGUGUUCGAAAGUGACAGGAAAAUGUGAAGCCGGAUGUGUGACUGGAUGGGCUGGGUUGUUUUGUUCGAAAGAAUCAUCUUUAACUGAAGAAUUAAAUACAGAUGAUGGCAUUUCAAAUCUUUCAACUGCGAUUAUAUACAUUGUUUCAACACUUGCUGUUGUAACCCUUAUAUAUGCAGUGGUAAGACUUGUAUACAAGAAAAUUAGACGGAGACACCAUGAUAAAGGAAAGGUCUCAACAAAAAUUGUACCUGGAAAAGUUUACGACCAAAUAGCUGAAACGAUCAUCGAUCCAACCUAUCAAAAGAUAACUCCUCAAUCGGACAGUUGUCAUUAUCAAGAAUUGCACCUCUACACAAAUGAUGAACUCAAUCGAGACAAAUAUUGGUGGCAUUCUGUGUCACGAAUAACAAGUAAAUAUGGAGAGGAUGAAGGCUUACAUCACUGUUGCAGCAGAAUGUUUAGCCUCCUUAUUGGUAUAGAUGAACAUUCGAGGGUUGUCCUUCAGGAGAAAUGGGAAGAAAAUGACAACGAUUACAUCAACGCAAAUUAUAUAAAGGAUUAUAAAAGGGAAAGGCGUUAUAUUGGAGCCCAAGGUCCACGAAAUAAUACUUUGGCAGACUUCAUAAGAAUGAUAUGGCAAGAAAACAUAGAAUGCAUUAUAAUGUUGACGAAUAUAGUUGAAAAUGGAAAGAAUAAAUGUGCUAAAUACUGGCCAGAUAAAGGAAAGUCUGUAUGUAUCGGGAAGUGUACACUUAGUCAUUUAGAGGAAACGAUGUAUGCCUUCUACACAGUUCGAAUGUUCUCAUUUCAGAGGAAAGAUUCAAAUGACAUAAGGAUAAUCACCCAGUUCCAUUACACGGCAUGGCCAGAUCACGGUACUCCUGAAGAGAUAGGACUCGUUCAGUUCCAUAGAGCUGUUACUAAGAGAUAUGAACCUGGAGCUCCUUUACUGGUUCACUGCAGCGAGGGGGUGGGCAGAACAGGUACCUUUAUUGGUCUGGAUUCCUUGCUGAGACAAGGACGAGAAAAGGGGCGGAUCAACGUUUUUGAGUUUGUCAAACAGAUGAGAGAGGACCGGAUGUCUAUGGUUCAGACAUUAGAGCAGUACGUAUUUCUUCAUAAAGCUUUGCUGUGUGGAUUCCAAGAGAGAGACACAAUUAUAUCAGAAUAUGAUCUUGUCACAAAAGCCAGUUCCCUCCUCAAUGACUCGACGCCAUUAAAUCAACAACAAUUAUACCAGGACUUUAAAUUCCUUGAAACAAUAAAACCCGUGUAUGACGAUGAUUGUAGACAUUAUACCAUUAUAAUUCCUUGUAUAUUUAUCAUAUCACUAUUGAAACAUUUUCUGUCUAAUCCGUUUGUCCUUCUCAUCAAUAAAAAAUAUUUUUCAGUGUCAAAAUAUCGACCAUUUCUCUCUUCAUUUGUGGAAGGGAGAAAUGACUAUAUAAAUGCAGUCAUUGUUCCAUCAUACACUGCUGCCUCUGGGCUGAUUCUGACACAGAUACCCCUCCCUGAUACAGAGGUAGAUCUGUGGAGGUUGUGUAUGGAUCAUCGGGUCGGGGCGAUAGUUAUCCUGAAUGACAGUGACGAGGUACAAUAA